UACAAAGUGGAGGGCAACUUCAACGCCUCACCUGACCUAGUUUUCAAAUAUGUUGACCCAGUUCCGUCAGGUCCCAGGAGCAGAUGGGAUCACGCAAUCAAGGAACUCCAGGAAGUUGAGAGAUUUAAUCCGGACUUAGCAGUGAUAAGGACGAUAACAAAGAAUGCCUUCGGUGGUCUCAUCUCGCCACGUGACUUCACUGACCUCGUCGUCAAUGUCAAGAACGACAAAUAUUUAUCAACUAAUGCUCAGGGUGUGCAGCACCCAUCCUGUCCAGCCUGCAGUGACUUUGUGCGUGGGACCAACCACCCGUGUGCCAUCAUCUGCUACCGAGUCCCUGGAGAGCCACAGAAAACGAGGGUAGUUAGUUACAUCCAGACUGAUCUGAGUGGCAUGCUGCCAAAGACCCUGGUGGAAAAUGCCCUGCCCUCCAACCAGGUGGACUUCUUCGUCACCCUCAAGAAAACAUUGCAGGAUGACGGGCACUGGAUGAACUGA